GCUCCUGCAUACAUAGCUGAUACGCCACCUACUGCAAAACCGAGCUGACAGAGCAAGCAAUGCUGCCAGCAUUUCCAUUCCAUCACCAGGCUGGAGCUGAAUAAAGGCGUGUUUGUGUGGCAGUUUCUGUUGUAAAAAUCUCAAAUCCAAGAAGAACAAGCUGAAAUAGCAUUUUCAAAAAUGGAGCGUAAAAUAAACAGAAGAGAAAAAGAAAAGGAAUAUGAAGGGAAACACAACACCCUGGAAGAUGCUGAGCAAGGAAAAAACUGCACAUCCUCACUGAUGACCCUCAACGUUGGUGGAUAUUUAUACAUUACUCAAAAGCAAACACUGACCAAGUACCCAGACACUUUCCUUGAAGGUAUAGUAAAUGGAAAAAUCCUCUGCCCGUCUGAUGCUGAUGGUCAUUAUUUCAUAGACAGGGAUGGGCUCCUCUUCAGGCAUGUCCUAAACUUCCUACGAAAUGGAGAACUUCUACUGCCCGAAGGGUUUCGAGAAAAUCAACUUCUUGCACAAGAAGCAGAAUUCUUUCAGCUCAAGGGACUGGCGGAGGAAGUGAAAUCCAGAUGGGAGAAAGAACAGCUAACAUCCAGAGAGACUACUUUCUUGGAAAUAACAGAUAACCAUGAUCGCUCACAAGGACUGAGAAUCUUCUGUAAUGCUCCUGAUUUCAUAACAAAAAUCAAAUCUCGCAUUGUUCUGGUGUCCAAAAGCAGGCUGGAUGGUUUUCCAGAGGAGUUUUCAGUAUCGUCAAAUAUCAUUCAAUUUAAAUACUUCAUAAAGUCUGAAAAUGGCACUCGACUUGUCCUAAAGGAAGACAACACCUUUGUCUGUACCUUGGAAACUCUUAAGUUUGAGGCUAUAAUGAUGGCUUUAAAGUGUGGUUUUAGACUGUUGACCAGCCUGGACUGUUCCAAAGGGUCAAUUGUUCACAGCGAUGCACUUCAUUUUAUCAAGUAAUUAUCUGUGUCACGAACAAAGGCAACAAGCAUGCAGCCAGCAAGCUUCGGAAAACCACGGCAUCAAAGGCAUCCCAAAUAAUGUGCCCAGCUAGCUCUGUACUCAGAGCCCUGCUGCUAAUCAAUUACUGUGAGCUAACGGUAUGUAAAUUCUAUUGCUAAAGAUGUCCUUCUCUAGUGUUUCCUGCUCAUCAGACUCUUACACUUAAAUUGAAAACAGUGAUCUUCUAUACAUUGUAAAUAAAGACUGAAUGCUUUUGCUAUUUGCUUAUUUUUCCUUAAGCUGUCCUUUUAAUCAGAAUGCCUUGGGUACUUUCACAAUAAAUAUGUACAUUAUCGUUCAUUUAAGUAAAUGGUAAUAUAAUAAAAUAUUUGAAGGGGCUACAGGAUUUAAAAUCCUUUUUACUUUAUGGCAAAAAUCUACAAAGAAACUGAACUGGUAAAAUUAACCAAGGAGAGCAAAAUAAAUAUGUAGAUCUACCAAAACAGAACAUAGUGAAACCAAAUAGAGUGUAAGAAGGUAUUAAAGCUAUUGAUUUAAUUUUUAAUGGGAGGCAUCAAAAGCUUAGUUACAGUUUCUGUAUUGCAUACUUGAAUUACAGCUGAAUUGAUAUACUGCUGAAAAUUCCUAGAAAAAUGCUUAAAAUGAAAAUAAAAAAUAAAAGCACUACUAGCUUCUUUGCUUAAUCAUUAUAAUAAAAAGUUACAUGUGUCACUUUUAAAACAAAUAGUAGCACUUGAUGAUUUCACACAAUAUUAUGCACUGAUAUAGUCAACUGGCAGGCUACAGUAACCCUGGCUGGUCUUGCAAGUGACAAAAAUUAGCAAAUUUAUUUCUUUGCAGGCUGAGCUCCAACACAGCAAGAAUAACUUAGUCUCAACAGAGUAUGGUAUUAGAAUAAUACAGGAGUUCAUUUUCAGAA